GUUUUUAUGUUCCUGGUCAGGCUAUAAUUUACUAGUUUUUAAAAACUAUCUCUGUCAAACUUUUGCUGUUAGAGGCCAAACGGAUGCAAUUUAUCUGGAUUUCAGCAAAGCUUUCGAUAAGGUUAACCAUUCCUUGCUCUGCCAGAAACUAUCCCACUAUGGGAUCCACGGAUGUCUGCUACGGUGGAUAAUAUCAUAUUUAAAAAAUAGGACUCAGCUCGUUACUGUGAAGGGUUACACAUCUUCACCCAUACAGGUCACCUCUGGGGUUCCACAAGGGUCGCACCUUGGACCGCUCCUAUUUGUCAUGUUCAUCAAUGACCUGACUGACAGACUAUCCUCUCAUGCCCUCUUGUAUGCCGAUGAUCUCAAGAUUUUCACGAGUGUUGAUAGGAAGAGUAAUGCUCUGGUGCUGCAGAACGAUCUAAAGGUUAUCGAUGAUUGGUGCUCAUCCAAUAAAAUGUCCCUCAACGUAGAUAAGUGUUGUGUUAUCACUUUUACAAAAAAGAAAAAUAGAUUUGUACACUCUUACUACAUACGCGAUCAAUUAAUAUCCAGAAGGGACACCGUCAGAGACCUAGGUGUUUUGUUCGACGAGCAGCUAACAUUCCGUCCACAUUACGACCAAAUUGUUAAAAAAAGUAAUCGUGCCUUAGGAUUUAUAAUAAGAACUACGAAAGAUUUUAGGAAACCUCGCAGUGUGCUAUAUCUGUUUAAUAGUUUAGUCAGAAGCAUUCUAGAAUACUGCAGCCCGGUGUGGUCUCCAUAUUAUAACGUCCAUAUUGAAAACAUAGAAAGAGUCCAACGUAGAUGCUUAAGAUACAUAUCACGCAAGAAUCACUACGGUCGUUCACUAAAAGACUAUAGUGAAAGGUUAACGGAGUUUGACGUAAUUCCUCUAAGUACCCGCCGCAGAAGAUACGACCUACUUUAUCUGCAUAAAAUCUUGCACUCCCGGAUAGAUGCUCCAGAUCUUCUCUCCUCACUCAGUAUUAAUACCAGACAUAGAUCCCGUGGGUCGAAGUCUAACAUCUUCGCAAUACAGGCAUACAAAAACAAUACUUCUUACUACAACCCUCUAGUCAGGAUGUGUCGCGCAUAUAAUGAGUUGGCUCGUGCGGGCAAGGACAUAGAUGUAUUUAAUAGUAAAUUUCCUCAGUAUAAAAAGGCUAUAUCCGACUUGCUCAAAAAUGACGAAACGACAGCGUCUCCCGGUGGGAACGGUGGGUAAUGUCUUCUGGGUAAUCUUUUGCUUCCGUCGUAAUCACCGCAAUUAGUAUAAAAUAUCUAAUAAAAUUUCAUAAUAUUGUGUUGUAACUGUUAGAGUUAAGUUAGAACUGUAUUUAUUUUUGGAUAGUACUUGUAAUUUAAUUUAAUUUAUCAUGCUGUGUAUACUAAUUUUGGCUUACGGUCCAGUAUGUAAUUAACACUUUUUCUUUACGAUGAAGCCCAGACUGUAAACUGUUUGUA